ACCUUAACUUUUUUCAUUCGUUAGCGCCCGCUGGGUCCUUUGCGGGUUUUCUUUGAAUCUUUCCCCACGUUGCUUUGCUUUUCACAAAGCCCAGAAACUUUCCACUCGGGCCUUCAGCUUUCCUGGGAUGUCGAGCGGCCAUUCGAUGAACGAGCUAUAUUGAUCACUAUAACAGAAUUUACUUGUUAUCUCAACCGGCCAUCACCAAGACCCUCUCAGUAAGCAGUGCGUUGCUGGGACUCUUCCGCCCCGCGAUCGUAAUCCAAAGUCUCAAGACAUUGAGUGUGAAACAAAAUACCAGAUUUGCGACAGACACUCGCUACGAUAGGAGAAAGCCCCAGAGAUUUGAAACGCUCGGGUGACAACCAACUCGACUCUCCCGAUUCAAUGGCUCCAUCCAAACCCGACGUCGCAGAUGCUUCUGCUGCGGCUACUCGGAGUGGCUCUUCGACCAAGGCAGACGACGCUCACACCGAGAGUUCUUACGAGUCAACCAGCCCGUCUGCAUCGGAAGACGAGACGUCGUCAUCGGGAGAGGACAGCGAUGAGGACGAGGGCGGUGACCAAAGACCGCAAGCAGGUGAUGACAUUACGACAUUACCUCGUCCGGGAAAGCCUCAGAUUACAAACAAAUAUGCGGCGGACGGUGCAGGUUUGAUGAGCCGCUUGUCGUCAUUUUUGCCGCAGCUUGCAGCUGCAAAUGCUUCUCUGGAAGAAGAUCGCGCCGCUGGUCGGCUGGAAGAACGCAGUUUCGAGAUACCCGAGGGGACGGAUAAGGAACAUUAUAUUGAGAUGGAUCUGGGACUAGGUGUGCUUGAAGAGAAACACCCCGAUGCGACAAGCUCUAGUGGAGGCUCUGACGAUGAAGAACAUACCGGCAAUGACAUGGACAUUGAUCGGUCAAAGGACAAAGAUUCAAAUAUAAUGGGGCACUUGAUGGGUCAGAAAAAUUCCACGACAAAACCAAAAAUUGAGGAUCUUGGAAAUGGAUGAUUUCAGAGAUAUCUAGUGUUGCUCUAUUGUACAAGCAUUUGUAGGCGUUGGACAAUCUUCUGCAUUUCUACAUAUCUGUAUUAUAUCAAGGUCAUGGAUGGUUUUGGAAAAAAAGGAUAUACCUUGAGUUAAAAAUCUUAUGUCGGCUUUUUAGA